UUGGAGAAGAGCGAGAACUCUGGCGAAGUUCAGGAUGUCCGUUCUCUGAAGAAAGGUACAACUCCUCCUACCGGGCCAGGUCCUGCUGCCGUUCCCGCUGCUGCUGCUGCUGACAACAAGGACAGUGAGGAGGAUGAUCCUAACUCGGCGAUGGCUCUCUUUGGCGACUUGCGUGACAUUUUGCUGUCCGCAGGUUUGGCUUUGAUCGAGGUGGUGUGUAGUAGAGAAGAAAACAAUGCGAAUGGGAAUGCCUCUACUUCUUCCUCUGUUGAGGAAGACGACGUCGAUGCUCCAAGGCUUGCAGCCAUCGUGGAUGCUUUGGAAAUCACACCGCACACUCCCGACGGCAGCCAACUCGGCUGUGCGGUCUUCUACGGUGCUUUAGGCAAAUACCUGGAUCCCAACAGUGAGGAAACGCGCGCCAUUUUGCCACGACUCUUUGCCCAGUGUCUGAACCAGAAGACCAGCACUUCCGUGCAAUUGGCUAUCGUUAAAGUCCUGCCACCUCUGGUCAAAAUGCAGGCUGCGGUGGAAAAGAAGGAGCAGGUGGAGGCAGGAGGCUCAGAGGAAAUGCUGCCGAUCGAGGCUAAGAUUUCCGAAAUGCUGAAGACUGCCACAACAGACAAGAGCGAAUCAGUUCGGCGUGGCGCUGCAUUUGCGCUUGGUGCGGUAGUCAAGGGUUUGUCGAUCCAGACUCUGAAGAACCGCAACGUGAUGCUGCAACUCAACGAAGUUGUGGAUGCUAAAUCCAGCAAUUCGCAGGCAAAACAGGGUGCGAUCAUGUCUCUCGAAGGUCUGACACGUAGUUUGGGUCGUUUGUUUGAACCCUAUGUGCAAGGCUGUUUGCCGAUCUUGCUGAAAGCAUUUGCGGACUCUGCACCAAUCGUGCGUUUGGCAAGUCAGAGUGCUGCCAAAGCAAUUAUGGGCAACUUGAGUGCGCAUGGCGUCAAAUUGGUGUUGCCAAAACUCCUAGAGGGUAUCGACGACAAGCAAUGGCGUACGAAGCUGGCCUCGAUCGACAUGCUGGCAUCUAUGGUCCAAGGUGCGCCAAAGCAACUGGCUGUGUCGUUGCCGAAAGGUAUAUUUUGUGGUUUGUGAAUCCUUGCUUGAAGGUACAUCAAUGAACAAGAUGAACAUAUUUUUUUCAAUGAUGUUUCUUUGUAUCUUCUAGCUCAUGAUCCACAAAGACAAGAAUUUGCUUCUUGAUGUACUUAAUCAAUCUGUUGACAUCUCAAACUCAAUGACCACUUACCUCCGACAUCUUCUUCUUCAGUUGUCCCCGUCCUUGCCGAAGUCGUGAACGACACUCACGCGAAAGUGAAGGACGCUGCACGUGGAGCCAUGGAGAAGGUUGGGAACGUUAUCACCAACCCAGAAAUCAAAAAACUGGCUCCGAAACUGCUCCCCUGUCUCUCUGCCGUGAACGAGAGCAGCACUAGAAAGGCUCUGGACUCAUUGUUGUCUACUUCGUUCGUACACAACGUUGACGCACCCAGUCUUGCUUUGCUUUGUCCGAUUGUUCUACGUGCUCUCAAAGAACGCUCGGCAGAGAUGAAACGCAAAGGUGCACAGAUCAUCGGUUCUAUGGUCCUCUUGAUCAAGGAGGCGAAGGACAUCCAACCACACUUGCCUGUAUUGCUUCCCGCGUUGAAAAUCACUCUGGUAGACCCGAUUCCGGAUGUGCGUGCGACGUCAGCAAAGGCAUUCGGCACUUUGGCACAGGGGUUACCGGAAGACUUGUUGGGCGAUUUAUUGCCUUGGCUCUUCCAGAUGCUGAAGAGCAGGGAAUCACCAGUCGAAAGGUCGGGUGCGGCGCAUGGCUUGUCGGAGGUAAAGUUUAGUAUUUAGCGGUGACGCAACAUCAUCUCAUUUUUCCUUAGUUGCAAUUUUAGAACAAGUUCAAGUGGGACUAGAAGCAUCUUCUACUUGUUCAUCAAUCAUCUUCCUUAUCAUCUAUCACCUACUUCCUCUUGUUCUUCCAUGAUCAUCUUGAGAGAAUCAGAAUCUCCAUCUUCUCCACGAUCCAUCCCUAAUAUAAAAAUCAAAAUUAUGAAUAUCAACAAAUACUUUGAGGUUUUAAUGGCUCUCGGCUCCGGACGUGUCGACGCGUUCCUUCCCGAUUUACUAGAGACUGCUGCAGCUCCUACCACUCCGCCAGAGGUGAAGGAGGGUUACCUCGGUCUCUUCGUGUAUUUGCCGAUGACUAUGGGUGGCAAGGGCUUCGAAAAGUGGUUUCAGAAGGUUUUAGAAGGCCUUCUGAAGGGUAUGGAGGAGGAGUAUCAGACGGUUCGCGACGUCGCUCUUCGCGCAGCUGGCGGUAUCUGCAAGCAGUUCGGCGCCACCUACACAGCACUCAUCCUACCUCCACUCGAGGAAGGCUUGUUCGAACAGGAUUGGCGGAUUCGACACGGGUCGGUUUUGUUGUUGAUGCACGUGAUUGAGUCCGUGCUCAAAGCAAACCGCAUGAACACCAACCAGGUCGAUUUGAUGUCCGCGGAAGUGAUGCCGCCAGAACGACGUGCCUACGUGUUGUCUUCGCUGUACAUUGUCCGGUCGGACGACAACGCCUCUGUCCGCCAGGCGGCGACGUCAGCGUGGAAACAAUUGGUGCAGAACACGCCUCGAUGCGUCAAGGAGCUCCUGCCGAUCUUGAUGCGCAGGUUGAUCACAUUACUGGCGAGUCCGAGUCGCGAAAAGCAAGUAACAGCUUCGCGAUGUGUCGGUGAGCUGGUGGCGAAGCUGGGCGAUCGAGUGCUGCCAGAAUUGAUGCCGAUCUUCUUCAAAGCGUUGACGAGCGAUAACAGCAGCGAAUUGGUAAGAUCAAUCUUAAUCUUUUUAUAUAGGUUUGUUGAAAGGUUUGAAAUACAUGAUAGCGAUAGGUUUUUGCAUCACAGAGAAGUAAGGUCACACAUCAUUUGAAAUUCAUUAAUUUGGAUCAUUUUCUUUCUCGAACGUUUGCUGAUUUCCUUUUUGCAUGUAUCCUACAAAUUCGUUUUAUUUUCUUUCAGCGAACAACACAUUCAUCAUGAUCAUGAUACUCCGCAUAGUUAGAUGAGUAUAUUUUCUCAUUCUCAACGAACAAUCAUAAUUGCACGUCUUCAGGUCCGAGAAGGUGUCUGCAUCGGUUUAACCGAGUUGAUCAGCAACUGCUCUAGACAGUUGCUAACCGACUAUGUUACCCAACUCGUUCCCGCGGUCCAACACGCUCUGUGCGACAACAGUGAAAAAGUUCGCAAUUCCGCUUCUGCAGUUGUUUCGUACCUGUUUUCCACCGUUGGCGGUUCCGCUACUACGCCGAUUGUCUCCUGGUUGUUGAAGGGACUGAGCAAGGGAGAUACUCGGUGUCUAGACGGUCUGGAGCAGUUGAUUUCGAAACAGACGAACAUGGUAUUGCCGAUUAUGCUGGACGCUUUGCCGAAGGCAGGCCCGCCGUGGCAGUCCGCGGCGCAACUGCACGGACUCAGCGCGAUCGCGAAGAUCGAUGACGAUGCAACCUUUUAUCGCUAUGUGACGGACAUGCUGGAACCGAUUUUGGAAACCCUUGCUUGUGACGAAGAGAAGGAGUUCACCGAUGACGCCGUGGAAGCAGCUAGGAAAAUCCUGCAGAGAAUUGACCCCUCUGGUAUGAACAUCGUGUUGGGUGAACUUGGAAACUGCAUCCAAAACACACAAAGACCGAAGAUGCGAAUCGCGGGUGCGACACUGCUGCGCGUCUUCUUCGAAGAAACGGAGAUUGAAAUGACCAGUACUGCUUUUCAUCAUGUUCAUUUUGAUUUUUGAAAGAAAUUUCUCCAAAUUAAGGUACUGCACACACGCGACUAAGUACUUAUAUGUGUACUAGUAUCCCCAACUACAACUCCCUACUUGUUCUCUCCAAUUAUAUUAACCUAAGUACAAGAACAUCAUCAACUACAGGUAUCUGGAACGUGAUCCUGGACACUUUGUUGCCUGGCGCAUUAGCCGACCCGGAUCCAGACGCCCUCAAGGCUAUCUUUGGCGCUUACAUGGCAUUGACGAAACGUACCAAAAAAGAAACGCAAGCCCACUAUUUAGAACAGGUGAGAGAAAUUCUUUUAGACCAAUGCAAGGAAGUCCCAGGCAGCUACGACACUCGCACUGGUGUGGAGGUCAAGGGGAAACUUUUACCUGGUUUAGCUCAGCCCAACGGUCUCGAACCGUUUUAUCCCAUGUUCCAGCAAGGCUUGAUGUUCGGACAAUCCGAAUUACGCUUGAAUGCCGCCAAGGGCUUAGGCGAACUGGUCGAUCACACCAAUGAAACCGGACUGAAAGCCUACGUUGUCAAACUGACUGGUCCUUUGAUCCGUAUUAUGGGCGACCGCUUUGCUUCUCCGGUGAAACUCGCCAUCAUCGACACCUUGGAAAUCCUUCUCAAAAAAGGAGGUCCGGGAUUGAGAGCGUUCUUGCCACAACUGCAGACGACGUAUGGGAAAUGCUUAGGAGACCAGAACGAAAUGGAGGUUCGUCUGCGUGCGGGGGAAUCCUUAGCGGUAUUGGUUCAAGUGUCGCCAAGAGUAGACUCCUUGUUCCAAGACCUCUUGAACGGACUGCAAGCAGUGGAGACGGACGAAGUUAUGAACUGAAAACAACAGUUUCAGUCUUCAGUGAACUUCAUUAAAAACAGUUUAGUACAUUAACUUUAGCACUUCGUUGGUUGUGUAAGUACGUGAUUUCAAGUACCUCCCAGAUAGAAAAAACACUUCUUGCUAUAACCAACAACACUGUAGUCGUGCUAUUGCUUCUAAUGUAACAGUAGUCAACUGAUGCAUAAACAUGAUGAACAUCAACAUCAAAUGCUUGUUUCACGGAAGAAAUUCUUCUGAUCUCUAAUCCCCAAGCGAUGAUGCGACGGGAAGCUUCUGCGUAUGCGCUACAGCAGACUCUGGCGACUUUACCAGCUGAAAAGUUGAAGGAGCCUAUGCUGACAAAGCUGCGUGACGGCCUCAGUGCUUCGAUUACAACGGCACCCGAACUCGGAAAAUACACCAAGACUGCAUUGGAGACUUUGAAGGGGAAGUGGGGGUGAAUAGAUAUUCCAGAUAGAAGAAGGGGAUGAAAGGAAUAGAAAUGGGAAUUCUGCACAUGGGAAUUCCUUAAAUUUCUACACAUGGUUUUUACAAAUACAAUUAUAAGAGUUUUAGAAGAGGAUGAAAGUCGAUAAAGUCACAUAUAUAUAUGCUGUCAACAUUUUCGUCCUUGGACUGGUUGGGACGAACGAGACUGACGACUGUGUUGUACUACUCGUAUUCAACAUUGUUCUCACUACUCGUAUUGAAUGGUUCUGGUAUUUGGUAACCUGAAUUUGAUCCUAAGGGAAAACAAGAAGAGAACCCCCAUCAUUGUCCAUCUGCAGCUCAAUGAAGUUCAUUGAAUGUGUCGUGAACCUGGCCCUUACUGAUCAUCCCUGAAGUCGCUAUCAGCGUUGCGCUGAUAGUCAACCGCCAUCUUUGAAGAACGAUAUUUUUC